CGACGCUCCGCCUCCUCCUUCCAGCCAUGGUGGUGCUGGGCACGGCGGCGGUGCGGGGCGGUGGUGCGGCGCUGCCCCGCGGCUUCUGGGCGGCGGUGCGCGUGUGGCUGGAGAAGCCACAGGUGGCCAACAGGCGGCUGUGCGGCGCCGCCAUCGAGGCGGAGGGCGCGGUGCUGCUCGGGGAGGACGGAGAUACGUCUCCCCACCUCGGUAUAGGCGAGGAACCGGCGGGAGCUUCGGAGCUGGGCCGGCUCUGGAGGGAGCUGCGCGGGGAGUUGCUGCCUUUCCUCACGGCCGGGCCAGGUCGGGAGCUGCGUGCUGUGCUGAGGGCUCUGCUGCCCCGGGCGCGGCCCGCAGGGCUUCUCGCCCCGCCGGUGAAGGAGCUGGUGGUGCAAGAUGUUUGCAAUGGAACUGUAACCUUUCUGCCUUUGGAGGAAAACAGUGAGGGAAAAUACCAAAUUAAAAAGUGCAACAUAUAUCAAAUUCAAUUUGCACACAUAAGAGAUGAGGAAUGGUCUGUGUCUAUUAUAGCUCCAUCUUCAAAAGAUUGGUUUUCAGAUGGAAUAAUAUACCCCAAACUAUCAUGGCUUGGAGAUGUACUUUUGUCCAAACUGGCUAAGUGGUCUGUGGAGCAAAAAUGCAGCGAGUUCAGAAGUACGCUGUCGCUCAUUCCUGUAGCAAAAUACAGUAAGGUUUAUCAAGACCUUAAAGAAAAAUACAAGGAGAUCGUAAAGGUAUGGCCUGAAGUAACGGAUCCUGAGAAGUUUGUUUAUGAAGAUGUUGCUAUUGCCACUUAUUUGCUGGUUCUCUGGGAAGAAGAGAGAAAGGAAAAAGGAUUGGCCAAGAAACAGUCAUUUGUAGAUCUGGGAUGUGGAAAUGGUCUACUGGUGCAUAUUCUUAACAGUGAAGGGGUAAAUAGAGUGCUUUUUACAAUAAUGGAAAAAUAUAAUUCAAUAUUCUUGUUUUGCUUUUCUUUAAUCUGGCAUGCAAGUAGCCAAAAUUCAGUUAAUUCUUGUUAUUAGAACAAGGUUUUGUUACUCUCUAGUUACCAAGAAAAAGUCUUAGCAAAGCUUUAGCUGUUUUUAUUAGUGCAGUGGGUUGUCCUGAAAGCUAUUUAUCUUCCUGAGGCAAGAAAAAAGGAAGGAAAUUAGGGGAAAAGUAAUAGUAUAAUUUAAUCAUGUUGUAAAUUUAUCAGAAAGAAAUGGGUAGUCUCUCUUGUAUUACUUUUAGAGCAGAUUUUUUUAAUGAAUUUUAUCAAAUCUGAAGUCUACUCAUCUGUAUAAUCAAUGGAUAUACAGAUGGUAUGGUAUAUCCAGGAGCUUGGCUAAUGUAAUUGUUAUAUUGGAGUAAGAAAGGGAAGUCACUCACCCUAUCCUGGGCUCACACGAUGGACUCCAACAGAGCAGAUCUCGAGAGAGAUCCUUCCCUACUGGCAGUCAGCUCUUAAAUGGGU